GCUAUAUGUCUUUAAAACCGUAGCAGAAGCUGAACCAGCUAAUUAUGGAUCACGGUUCAAUAUGGUUCGACCGGAUCAAAUCUGGUUCAACAACUUGGCUUAAUAUUUUUUAAAAUAUUAAAAUUUAAAAGUAAAAUUAGUAAAUAUGAUACAUAAUUAUAAUAUAAAUAGAUAUCAAAUGUAAAACAUUAUAUAUAUAAACUAUUUUUCCAUUCAAAUGGUUAGUUUAUAUAUUUUUAAUAGUUUUUAUAAAGUUCAAUAACUUUAAAAUGCAAUCCUACUAAUUGUCGAACCAACUAUUAGAUUCAACCCGGUUGGAUGACCGGUUCAUGGUCGAAUUUGGUCUAGCUAUCGGGUCGUUGCGGUUUUAAAAACAGAAUGUCAAUGAAAUCAUUUAAAAGAUCCCAAUUGAUUUUGUUUAAUCCAUUAAACGCAUCUUACCUGUCUUACGGUGUAAAUAAUAGAUAUGAUAAUUAACGUCAUCUUCAAAGAAUAUCACACCAACUUGAGGUUUGAUCGUGCAGAAUAAACAGCUAAUGCCUAAACGUCAUUACUCCAAUUUAAUCAUAUCUAAUCUGCCAACUAGUUUCUUUACUUGUCUCGAUAAAAAAACCAAGCCAAUUGAUUGGAGAGCUCAAAGCUCUCGAUAUAUACAAUUUAUACAUUCAUACUGCACUAAAAACGUUACUUUCUAAUUGAAAUAAUCAAAGUUCGGUCAAAGAGGUUUGGUUAUACACAAAAAGUUCGGUCAAAGGACGCAUCACAAGGACUCAUAUAAAAUGCAAUCUAAGUCUAUACACCAUCCAAGAGAAGAAAAAGGCAAAGAAACAGGGAGGGGCAUAUAAGUAUCAAAGAAAGGGAACAUUGUUCUUGAUUUCGGACUUUUUAGAAUAUAUUCUUUCAAAUACUAUUUUUAAAUUCUUUCUUAUCUUUGCUUCUUAAACUGAUAAAGACCUCUUCUUUUAAUAAAAAAAAUAUUAGGAAAAAUAAAUUAAAAUAAUGAUAAGUAAAGCCUCCUUUACAGUUGAACUCUUCUUCAGCUAUAGUUUCUUUUUAAUUCUUUUGUGUUUGAUCAGAGACCAAACCUGAAGAAGAAAGCCCCAAAGAAAAAUACCCUUUAAAUCCUUUCAGAAUAAACAUGUCGGAUCCACUUUACAUAUUUAAUAAGAAGUCUCAAUCCGAAAUAGUAGUUGAAUCUCUGUUAUCUUCAAGCAAUCUCAGAUCUUCAAUGCCCACUCAACAACUCCAGUCCUUAAGAGUCUUUGUGGCAACAUGGAACGUGGGAGGGAAGUCUCCACACUCUGGUCUUGAUCUUGAUGAUUUGCUUCACGUCCACAGCGAGUUUGAUAUAUACGUUUUAGGUUUUCAGGAGAUUGUUCCAUUGAAUGCUGGAAAUGUCCUUGUCCUUGGAGACAACGAGCCUGCUGCUAAAUGGUUAGCUAUGAUCAACCAGUCCUUGAACAAAUCAUCAGCAUCGUCAUCAUCAUCAUCCUCUGGUGGAAGACUUGGUCCUAAAACCCCAUCUUUUGGCGCUGGAUCGAUGUUCUUUGCCAAACCUUCUUUGAAGAAGAUCAGUGAGAGUUUCAGAACGGAUUGCAGGAGGAAGCUGAAGAUAUGUAACUGCAGCUCCUUCUCUGAAGAGAUUGUGAAAAAGUACGGGAGAGAAUCUUGUUUCAGGUGUCCAGAAUCUCUUGUUAACCAAACUGAUUUACUUUGUGAUGACGACGAGGAAGAGGAUGAUGAUGAGGAUGAUGAGGAUGAUGAUGAAGAUGAGGAAGGUGGAGGAAAGGUUGCUUCUGUUGUAAGCAACCAGAUGAUGAUGAAGUAUGGUCUAGUGGCAUCAAAGCAAAUGGUGGGAAUAUUCCUCACUGUGUGGAUGAGAAAGGAGCUUAUUCAACAUGUUACUCAUCUCAGAAUCUCUUGUGUCACCCGUGGAAUCAUGGGUUGCUUAGGAAACAAGGGAUGCAUAGCUGUGAGUUUGCAGCUCUACAAGACGAGCUUCUGCUUCAUUUGUAGUCAUCUAGCUUCCGGUGAGAGAGAAGGAGAUGAACGCCGCAGAAACUCAGAUGUUAUUGAGAUUCUCAAGAACACAACUUUCCCUAGAAUCUGCAGAACGUCUUUCACCCGUGUCCCCAAUAGAAUCACUAAGCAUGAUCGGGUCAUCUGGCUUGGAGAUUUGAAUUAUAGAAUAGCUUUAAGUUACACAGAAACAAAGACACUCUUGGAUAAAAACGCGUGGGACACUCUUCUUAACAAAGAUCAGCUCAAGAUUGAAAGAGACGCAGGAAGAGUGUUUAAAGGAUGGCACGAAGGCAAAAUCUUCUUUGCACCAACUUAUAAGUACUCUUAUAACUCAGAUGCUUACGCAGGAGACACUACCAAAGAGAAGAAGAACAAGAGAAGAACUCCCGCCUGGUGCGACAGGAUUCUUUGGCACGGUGAUGGAAUUCGGCAGCUCUCGUACGUCCGCGGCGAGUCGCGAUUCUCCGAUCACCGGCCGGUAUGCUCCGUGUUUGUCGUCAACGUUGAGGUUUGCGAGGGUAGAACCGGAGCUAGGAGACAAUAGUUUACAUCAACUGUUGACAUCUUGCAGUAGAUAUAAAUGUAAGCCACACUGUUUUAAUGUUAUUAUGAUGUUGUAACUAGCGAGAACCUUUGGAGUUGGUAGAGUAUUACAAUGUGUUGUGAGAAACGUCAUUCCAGCUAAUGUUGGUCUGUCUUGUCGAUUAAGAAUUCUACAAAAACAGGUUGAAGAUCGGUCUUGAACUGAUGUUAUAUAUGUAGGCUAAAAUUGUCUCAGACAUAUGAAUCAACUAGCAAAAGGUGUAACUUAGAUAAAGAAGAUCACAUAUCACCACCUAUAACCUAGUUUAUGUGAAUGUUGUAA